AUGGAUUCAAAUUCUUCUGAAUAUCUUCUAAACCAUGCAACAACUCUUCCUUCUGUUUAUUAUCAAACCAAUAAUAAAGAGAAUGGUAAUUUUAUUGAUUUGGGACUAAGUCUUAGAGCUUUGCAGCCUGAGGCCUAUUAUCCAUCUACUCAUGGUGGCUAUGAUGAGUUGAUAGAUUGGCAACAUUUGCAUCCACAAUUAAGCAAAAAUUCAAGAAGUGAAUAUCCUACAAAUUUUAAUAAUUAUGAUGAUGAAAGUGAAGGGAUUCAAAGCAAAGAGAGAUGGGAAUAUGUGAAGGUUAAUAUGGAUGGAGUUAUUGUUGGAAGAAAAAUUUGUCUUCUUGAACAUUCAAGCUAUUCUAGCAUUGCAACACAACUUGAAGACAUGUUUGGUAAACAAAAUAUGGAUGGGCUAAGGCUAUUCCAAGAUGGUUCAGAGUUCUCAUUAUUUUACAAAGAUAGGAAUGACCAAUGGAGGAUUGUUGGUGAUGUUCCAUGGAACGAAUUUGCAGAUCGAGUGAAGAGGCUAAGAAUUAUGAGGAAAGAUGAAGCAUUCUUCCCCAAUUGA